UUUGCAGCGAGGGACGCAGAGCUGCCCAGGGGCGGCUACGGCGCGCUGCUGCGCCUCAGCGACACCGGCCUACAGGGCGGCGGCGGCACUGACACUGACAGCGCACACGCGGACGCCGAGGUGCGGCUGAACGUGGCGGGCCCGCAGCCGGCGGCGCAGCGCGGCGCGCCUCCCGCUGUCUCCUACCCCGGCGAGGCGGCGCUGCUGAGCGGAGCCAUGCCGUACAGCCGCGUGGCCCAGCCGGACCGCAUGGCGGAGCUCGACACAGCCAGCGGACUCGUCUUCCAGCUGGCCGAAGUGUCGCCGCCCGUCCACCCCUUCGCCGUCACUCCAGUCGGUGGGAUCCUCUACCUCAAGGGCCACAAGCAGCUGGAUCCUAAUGUCACUCUCUACAAUGUGACGGUGACAUGGGGGUCCAGGGGCUCCGAGGGCCGCGCCGGCAUCAGGGUGCGCGUGCUGGAGGGCGCCUCCGAAGCCUGCCAGGCGGGCAGCAGGAAGCGCCGGCCGUGCGCCAACAUGGAGUCUCUGGCUGACUGCAACGCCUUCUGCGGCCUCGGCACGGGCGCGCACAACGUCACCGUCAACCACGUGCACGAGGGCAGGAACUCGACGGCGCGUCCCGAGGUGGCGCCGCUUGGCGGCUGUGCGUGGCGGGGCGCGAAGGCCAACUUCUCGACGGAGCUGAUCCCCCACUACGCCACCUGCACGCCGGACGUCCGCCACUGUCCGGACGGCUUCUGCGACCCGCUGGAGAACAUCUCUGCCCUCUGUCCUCAGGACUGUGUCCGGCGGUCGUUCGCCAGCGGCAUCGGCGGCCAGGGCCGCGGCCUCUACAGCUGCGCCGGCGUGGGCGUGUGCUGGGGCGCGCGCCCCGAGUCCUGCAAGUGCAAGACGGACGCCGGCAGGCGGCAGCAGGUCAGCACCGCGGGGGCGGCUGCCGGCUCCCGCCCCACCGCCGCGCCCAGCGACUCCCCCACCACCGACGCGCCGUCCUCAGAGUCCCCCGUGGCGCUGGUGUCUGCGUCCGGCAGCCGCGCCAGCUGCGGCGCCGUCUGCGUGAUGGCCGUCGUGUCGGGCAGCGCCCUGCUGCUGUCCGCCGCCGCCGCCACCCUCUACUGGAGGUACAGGAGGUGCGGCCGGCUGCAGCGCGAGCGCAAGCUGGCGGCGGCAGGCGGAACCACGGCCUCCGACUACGUGCAGAGCGCCGCGCAGCACGACGCGCGCCUCCUGGCGCACGAGGCCCGCCCGCCGGUGGACCCGCAGUGGGAGUUCCCGCGCUCUCGCCUGCUGCUGGAGAAGACGCUGGGGGAGGGAGAGUUCGGCCGCGUGCUGCGCGCCAGGGCCAUCGACAUCGCCGGCGUCACGGGUGCGACAACAGUGGCAGUGAAAACGCUGAAGGAGGGUGCGGGUGCUAGUGAGCAGCAGGACCUGCUAUCCGAAUACGAGCUGCUCAAGACUGUGUCACACCCUCAUGUGGUGCGCCUGCUGGGUGCCUGCACUUCGCCUGGUGGCCCACUCUACCUCAUCAUAGAGUUUGCUGAGUACGGCUCCCUCAGAAAUUAUUUGCGCAGAAGUCGACAUAUUGAGCCAAGUGCAUUACCUGUCACACCAACAACUCCUCAUAAAAUUCUCAGUUUUGCAUGGCAGAUCUGUAAGGGGAUGGCUUAUCUCAGUGAUAUGAAGCUGGUUCACAGAGAUCUUGCAGCAAGAAACAUCCUUGUAGCUGCUGGUGGAAUCUGUAAAGUAUCGGAUUUUGGGCUUACUAGAGAUGUCUAUGAAGACGAUACUUAUUUAAAGAAGAGCAAAGGCAGAGUGCCUGUAAAGUGGAUGGCCUUAGAAUCACUCAUGGAUCAUGUGUACACCAGCAAAUCUGAUGUAUGGAGUUUUGGUGUUGUGCUUUGGGAGCUGGUCACUCUUGGUGCAUCACCUUACCCUGGUGUAGCUGUUCACAAUCUGUUCCACCUUCUACAAGCUGGCUACCGUAUGGAGUGUCCUGAAAAUUGUUCAACAGCACUGUAUAAAGUGAUGAGACAAUGCUGGCAGGAGGAACCUUCUGAAAGACCAAGUUUCAAGCAACUAACAGCCAUAUUUGAGAGCAUGCUAAAAGACAGUGCUGAGUAUUUGGAUUUAAAUCCGAGUAUUGUACAAAAUCCUGGCUACUUUGGUUCAAGAUCAAACUCUCAAGAGAAAUUAAAUUAUGGUGAUGGUAGUGAUGAUGGUGAUAAUGACAUUGGAUAUGGAAACCUAAACAUUCUGCCAACAGACUCUAUAAAUUACCUAAUGUCCACAGCACAAUCAGGCCUGUCUCGAAGACAACAAUUAUGGCACAUAACGGGAGACAAUCAGAAAAUACUGACAAACAAUUCAAGCAAAGAAGAAUGUUUAUCUUUAGUUCCUACAGAACAAAACAGUUACUUGAGUCCAAUACAAGUGCACAGCAGCAAGGGACAAAUGCUAGCAUAUGUCAACAUGACUGACAGUGUAUGUCCUGAACAGCUACAGUCUGGAACGACAAAUAACGUUCUGUUUUGUAGUUCUUCCAGCAGUUGCUCUGCUUCCUGUUCCUCAAAAGUGACACCAUUAUGAGUAUGAAUACAGGAAAAAUAAGUUAUUUGACUUUUCAGGGGGUUUUCUAUUGAGGAUCAUAAGAAGCCCUGUGAAACUUUGAACUUAGACUGUGCAAGGCACAGCAUUUAUAUUUAAUAUCUUGAUUUCAAGCACUGAAUUAUAAAUGUUAAACUUAUUUCCUGUUUAGGAAGUUGAGGUAAUUUAAAUUAAAUAAUAAUGUAGCAUACCUUCUUCCUAUGGAAAAAUUUUUUACUGCCUACUUUACAUAUAUGUAGCAUAGACAAAUUUUUAAUGUUCAAGUUUUUCUUUACCUCAUUUUUUUUAAAGUCUGAAGUAAUAUUGUUUCAUUUAUUUUUCAUCAUUAGUUAUCUGUGAAAAUUCAAAUAAUGACCAACAACAAGUUAACAGAACCUUACCUUUGUUACACUAUUACUUAUAUGUGUUACCACACUUCUUGCAUCAACGAUUGAAAACCAAAAUCAUUGUCUUGGCAUGAGAAUAUGAACUGAAGUUUAAGCAAAUAACACAUUGAACCUAAGAGAGCUGUAGCAGAAAACAGUCCACACCAGUGUAUGAGGCUGAACUCAACCACAGAUAUAAAUUUUAAAUGCACGUGAGGCACUUAAUACACCAUGGAAAAUAACUGACAGAUGGUGAUAUGGAGGCAAAUGCAUCACAGUAAUGAAAUAUAGCUUCAUAGUUAUAAUUAUGAAUUAUAUAAACCUUUGUUGCAACAGGAUACC